CUUUUACAAAAUUGCCUUAUUUUACAAAGCAGUAAAUUUCUUUACCUAUAUUAUUGUCUUGAUUUGGAUGUAAUUUUUAUUUAUGUUAUCCUAUUUGGAUAAAUUUCAUACAUAAUAAAAUGUGCUUAAUUACAAUCCUUAUAUACUUCGUAAUUUAUUUUACGAAACGCAUGCGACUCGCGGGCCUGACUCUUGACAGCCCUGCUCUAAAUAAAACAAAAAAAAAAGACGAGCAGAGAAAAUUAAUUACAAGAACUUUGAUAUACAAAAGCCAACUGAUGAUACUUUUCUUAAAGGUUAUCGUCUAUUUUUACCUUUUUGAAUGAAGUGUAGACUCAAAGCCAAAUAUAGAGUAAUUUUUUACGACAAAACGUAUCCGGACUCCUAGUUGUAGGGGAUUCAAUUUUCUAAAACAAAGUCUUAAACCUAUAAAAAUUAAUACAUGGGCAUUUAAAUGUCAUCAUUUGAAAUAUUGACAUAAUCAAAAUUAACUUGUAAUGUGAAAGAUCAUGUUUAAAUAAAAUUGAAGUGUAAAGUAAGGAAGAUGAGUUCUGAUUUGGUCGAUGUUUGUAUUAGAAAUAACUUAUCUCCGUUUAUAAUUAAUGCGAUUGCUGAAACAUUUCAAAGUGAUUCGAACAUCAAUGAGAAGGUAGUUGACAACAAAAGUGAUUCGAACAUCAAUGAGAAAGUAGUUGACAACAAAAGUAGUGUUAACGAAAUUACGUCUCAAGUCAAUAUACAGUCAAACGACGUAAAGUUAGAAAGGCUAUGUAACAAAUCGAUUUCCAAUGUAAUCGACUGCCCACUCAGUAAAGAGUUUUGCUUUUUAGAUAAUCCAUUUAAACUGAGAGAACAAAACGUUCCCCAAUCUCAUUGCGAUAAAGCUAAUGAAGAUGAAGUUUAUUUUGUCGAUCCACAGAAAUAUUUUGUCGAAAAAAAUAAAUCAACCUAUUCUAUUAAAAGUCAGAGAGGGAAUAUGAUGUUUCUAUCAGUAACUGAAAACGAUGAUGGCACAGAGAAAAUUCAUAACUUGGAUAGCAACGAAUGCUCUAUUUGCAUGCAAAAUAAUUAUGCGUAUUCUGGUAGGGAUAAAAAAAAAAACGAAGAAAAAUUACUGUUGCAGACAGUACUAAAUCCCAGUAAAGAUGGAUCAUUUAGGGCCUGUGCACGAUUAAAAAACUAUGAUUUUAAAAGCGACGAUAAUAUAACUUUACGAACAGACUUUGUUAGGAACAUUUCGACUACACUGUUAACUAGUAAACAAAGUAAUGAUAGUUGCGUAAACCAUUCAAUAUUCGAUGUGAACGUCUCAAAAUCAAAACCAUGUAUUGUAUCCGAAGUAGUAGAUCUAAAUUUUAGUGAAGAUGAAAAAUCAGUAUCCUUCGAAAAAGAAAAGGAAAUGUACCCAACAUUCAUCAUAAGUGAAAUGAAUAAAAAUGACGAAAAGAAAUAUCAAGGUACCACAACUGUGAUAAACACCGAUUUUCAUUCUGAUGAAGAAGAAGAGAAAUCUAUGGUUAAAACCCAUAGAAUGAAAUGGUCAAGAUCCUUACCAGUAACUAAACAAACGGAUCGACCCGACAAUGAUAGUGAUGAUACACCAAUUAUCAUAGAUGAUAGUGUAUCUAAUUGUAUGGUUUUAAACAAUGAUAAUAGUAGGGUUCCUGUUAAAAUUACACCUGCUUACUCACAACCUUAUCUAUUUUAUAAUUCCGAAACCGUUUUGGAUAAUAGACCUUACAGUAACAAUAUGGACAAAUAUAAUGACGAUACUUUUUCGGAAAAUGAUGAAACGAAGAGUAUGUCAGAGUCAGAUGCUGCUACUCGGUCGUUUUCAAUAACGCAAGAAGCGCGUUCGUCAUCAGAAGGUUCGAAGACUUUUAAAAAAGUUCGCCAGUCUCAAACAUCUUUGGACUGCAAAAGUGUAUCUUUUGAAAGUAAUCAUGAUCAAGAAAGAAACAAGCAGGAACUUUUAGCGGAUGUGUGUGCUAUGUUGUCAUCGGUCUGUGAAUAUUUGGAUGCUAACGAAUGGAUUAAUAAUUCAUCCAAAGAUUCUUACUGUGAAGUUGCCACCACUAAAAACGAAAUUUAUCCAGAAAGCAGCCUAUUCACAAACUACGAAAGUAAUGUUAACAAAGGUAAGCUCGCAGCAGACUUUACCUUCAACAAGGAUAGCAAACGUACUAGCGAAAAUGCUACUGAAUUUGACUAUACCUCUAUUAAAAAACCUUUUAUGGGAACAAAUCACCAACUUAUUACUUUCUCAAAAGAUUCGAUAAGUACAGAUACGAUCAUUUCUUCUGCUUGGAAAGACUCUUCCGUCUCAAGUUAUUGUUCUAAAAAUAUUCAGUUAGGUAACUUAAGAAAGUCAUCAACAAAUUUAGAGGAAAGGUGCUGCUAUAUUAACAAGGAAAUGCUUAAUAAAGUGACUUCUGAAAGCGUUAAUUUAUCAGGAGCUUUAACAGAUUCUGAAGCAGAUAUAUCUUUGAAAUGGGAAGAACCUCAUAUUGAAGUUAUUGCGAAGGUCGAAACCCCAAUUAUAAAAAAUGACGUUAAAAACAAAUGUGAUCAUCAGAUAUUAGGUCCAUUUACUGAUUGUGGCGUAAUCAGAUCUUCAGGGUUGGAAGAAGAAUGUCAAACAACUCAAAAUUUUAUAAACAAUAAUAAAAACUCAAGUGUAACGUCUUUAGAGAAAUCCGAUGCACUUCAAAAAAGUGUUGCAACAAAUUUAGUUACAGACAGAGUAGAUAUUCGUAUAACUAAAAGUAGCGGAGAAUUUAAAGAUACCGUAUUGGAAAAUAUCGAUUUGUUUGACGAUGAAAACGGAAAAAGUAUGACAUCCAAUAUAACCACGAUAAAUUUGAAUAACAAUUCAAGUAAAGAAAAUAUUUUUUCCUCAUCGUUGGACAGUGAAAAUAACAGUUAUCAGAUCAUUAAUAAAAAUACUGAAAAUAACCAAAGUAAAAUUCUAAGGAAUUUCAUUUUUCCUACAGACGAUGUAAAAAAAGAAACUAAAUUUGAAGAUCACGGACCGAUCAUAAUUGAUGAUAUAAGAGACAUAUACAUGAAAUGUGCACGUGAAUCAUCACGUUAUGGUUUAUUUGAAGAAUUGGAGGCGUAUGCCAUUAAAGCAUACGAAUCAAAUGUAAAGUCUUCGAAAACUUUAAAUUCUUCGAAAGGCGUUAUCGACACAGGAAUCGUUAAUAUUAGUAAUUCAAACAUAACUCAUUCUUUUACUACGAAACAGGCAAACGAAAAAAAUCUUGAGGAUAGCGAUAAUGCCCUAAGAAUACCAUUUAAAACAGAUAGCAGUUUCCAGAUCGAUUUAUGCGAACAGAACAAUAAUGAAAAGUCAACUCAAGAUAUAGAACAAAAAGAAAAUUUUGAAAAUCCCUCGGAGGAAAUUAAAAGUUGUAACGACAGUCUAGAUACAUACACCACGAACGUAAGAUCAAAUACUAGUAAAGAUGUUAUAAAGAAAAUCGCAGUUGUUACAACAAGGGAUGUGGUGUCGUCCAACAUAGAAGAAAAAAAAUUGAAAAACGAAAAUGAAAAUUACCUGUCAUUGAAUUUGUCGAAGUGUAAUCUUAGUCUAAAUAUAGUAAAAACAUCGAAUAAAAAAUAUGGUGAUAUUGAAAUAACCCAUUCUUCACAGAAAGUAUCUGAUUCUAAAAAUGAGUAUGAUAAACAAAUUGUAAAUAACAAUGUUAUAGAUAAUAGUAGUAGUAAGCAGGUAUUUUUGAUUCAUAAGCGUUUAGACCUCGAGAAAAAUAAAUGCGAACAAAGCAAUCAUCUUUUGUCAUGUUUCCAAUCCGCGAUAAAAGUUUUAAUAGAGCAUCCGACCUCGGAGGAAAUCCCUUAUGACAUUUCAAAUAAAGUUAGUACUGUAAAUAAAGAUCUAUUUUGUAAUACAAAAUUUCAGUUUAAGGAUGAUAAGAAAAUUUUACCACAGGCAGAAGGUGAAUUAUAUACUUCUUGUGCACACGAAAAUAUUUUUAAAAGAUGCAUUAAUGAACCAAUAAAUAUCUCUAUGCGAAAUGGAUGCUAUUCUUCUUACGUUUACGAAAUAUUCGACAUUAUUUCACACCUAUCUGAACGUGGAGCAGCAAAUUUAGAUAAUUUCCAGUAUAAACGAAAUGGGUUUGAAGCCUUCCGAGUCGCAUUUUGGAAUGUACACGAAUUGACUCUGGAAAAGGUGAGAAAUUUGGGCGUGUUAGAAGUUGUUUGUUCUACCAUUCUUGAAAAUGGAUGGUCCAUCGUGGUGUUUCAAGGAAUCUGUCAUCCUUUAGCUCUAAGUAUUCUUUGUAACGAAUUAAAUGCACCUCGAUUGCCACGCACGUGCAAUUUUAAGGGCAUCAAUAGCAAAUGUUGGAGAUUUUGCGUUGACGAUUCAAUAAAUAGCGAUAUGGGUUUUAUAUAUAACAUGGAAAGUGGUGGUAUAGGAAUAGGAGUUAUUCGACAGAUAUAUAGAACCUGUGGAGGUUGCGAGUCGAGUAUCUGUACGUUUGCAGUAGGUCCUACCGAUUUUACCGUAAUUAAUACAAGAUUUGUAUCUAAUGCUAUAAUAAAUUUUGAAACAAGAAUGACGGAACUUCUGAAAGAUCGCGAUGAACCGGUUCUAGUGACUGGAGACUUGGAAAAUUUUAUUGGAAAGGAACUAAACGGAUUGAAUUGUAUAGCAGGACUAACACCUGUUGUUCCUCCUUCUUUAAAUACUUGUUCAAACAAUUCUAAAGGUAUUUUGCAGUACAAUGAUUCUAUUCUUGUUAAUUCAUCAAUUCAUGCUGGCCACUUUACUGGUUCAUGGGGAAUGGUAAAAAAUGGACUUAGCCACUUGUGUAUACCUGACGGAUGGGAAUGGGGAGGAUCUGUUUCGUCACAUUGUCCCGUAUGGGGAGAAUUAUAUGUGCUACAUAACAAUGAUGCUAAAAAAAUCUCACACACAUCUAGUCAUUGCAAGAUUAUGAGUCGAUACGGUUAUACUUAAACCAAACACUGAAGAUUAAAUAGACUUAUUUAUCCAU